AAAAUUUUCUUCAGAAACAACUUAAACUGAAGAUCAAAAAUUAUUAAAAUGGUUGGACGAAAAAAAAAAUUGGAGCUAGACCAUAUAAAACAUAUGAUGAAGAAACACUUCAAAGAGCAGUACUUCUUGUAAAAUCUCAUCAAAUGACUGAACGUCAAGCAGCUGAAGAGUUUGGCAUUUCAAAAUCUACAAUUCACCGCAAACGACAUGAUCAAAAUUUAUUACCAGUUGGAAGACCCUGUGUUUUGAACUAUGAUGAAGAACAGGAUUUAGUUAAAGGACUUAUUGUAGCUAGUAAAUGGGGAUUUCCAUUAACCUCACAUGACAUUUCUCUAGUUGUAUAAUCAUAUUUCGACGCUAAUGGCCGUGUAGAGACUAGAUUCAAAGAUAAUAUACCAGGUCCUGAUUGGAUCAGAGCAUUUUUGUCUAGACAUAAAAAUAACUUAACAGUCCGCUUAUCUGAAAAUGUUAAACGAGCAAGAGUUGCUGUUUGUUAUGAUACUUUAGAACAGUAUUUCAAUGAACUUGAAAAAACACUUGAAGGAGUCAAUCCAGAACUUAUAAUUAAUUAUGAUGAAACUAACAUGACUGACGAUCCAGGUCGGAAAAAAGUUAUUGUGCGUCGUGGUGUUAAGCAUGCUGAGUGCAUAAAAGACACAUCAAAAUCCAGCACAUCAGUUAUGUUCAGUGGAACAGCUUCAGGUAUAGUACUACCUAUAUAUGUUGUAUAUAAAGCAGACCACCUUUAUGAUUCAUGGACUUUAGAUGGACCAAAAGGAACGCGCUAUAAUCGUUCUAAAAGUGGUUGGUUUGAUACAACAAUAUUUGAAGACUGGUUUUUGUCUGUAGUUAUUCCAUAUUUUAGGAGAUUUAAAGACCAAAAGAAAGUUAUGAUUGGUGAUAAUCUUGCUAGUCAUAUAUCUAAGAGAGUCAUUGAAACAUGUCAAAGUAAUAACAUCUCAUUUGUUUUAUUGCCUCCCAAUAGUACACACUUAUGUCAACCAUUGGAUGUAGCUUUUUUCAGACCAUUAAAGUAUAAAUGGAAACAGCAACUUGACUUAUGGAAAGAUAACAACAAAGGUGUAUUACAAAAAAAUCAGUUUCCUAGGCUACUAAAUAAAGUUAUGAAAGAAUUAGGAGAUAAUGCUGGAAAUAAUUUAAAAGCAGGAUUUGAAGCAUGUGGAAUAGUACCAUUUAACCCUCAAAAUGUAUUGAAACGUAUCCCUCAGAGAACAACUAGUAGUGGCAAUUCUUGGUUAGAAUCUUUUGAGGAACAUUUAGAAAAUAAACGUUCAAAUGAAACCAGUUUAAGAAUAAAAAAAAAAAGAUUGACAGUACCACCAGGUAGAAGUGUGGCUGAAUUAGUUGAAACAAAUGUAGAACACGAAGAUAUAGAUGGUGAUAUUGAAGUAAUUUUUGACUGUGAUAAUGUAAUUCAACCUGAUAGUGAUGCAGAGAAUGUUAGUGAACAAAAUAACCCUAUUUUAAUCAUAGUUCCUCCUGAUGACCAGUUACCAAGUUCUAGUGGAACACAAGUUAUAAAUUUAGAAAAAGAAGAUAAUAUUGAAGAUAUAACUUUGAGUUUGAAAGUAAAUGAUUUUAUUCAAUUUUAUGAGAGGAUAUAA